AAACAUACAAUACAUUUUCGGUCUUAAGUAAAGGUCUCAAGACUCAGUUCUGAACCAUGCUUAGAAGAAUUCUAUUUGAACAUCUACUUCUGGUUUGUGUCCUCUUGCAGCACAUUACGAAAGCAGCAGAAGAAAGAGUAGCAUGUAUAGAAGAAGAAAAAACAGAACAUUGUCUUUACUCGGGAACAAAAACCUACACGAAAGCAAAAACGUUCUGUUCAAGCUUCAAUCAGAGUUUAGUAUUUUACUCCAGUUCUAUUUUGGAAAGUGAUUCAGACAAGAUUCCGAAAGACUGUUUCAAAGGGAUUUUCUUCAAGUUUUAUGGAUCUAAAAAUUAUUACAAGUUGAAGUUACAUGUAAAAGAGUGCAAGAGAGAGUCGAACAACCACGAGGUUACGCUGGGUAACGAAACCUUUCUAUGUUCACCUUACUGUUUUAUUUGUAGACAAGACAAAGGUGUUAUCGAUCUUACGAAGAUCACAGAGAAAAAUCUACAUUAUACUGUAUAUAGUGGCAAUAAAUUAACCAUGGAGAGAAUGGACAACAUUUGUACUGAAGGAGAACAUCUUGUGCUAAGUGGAAAUUCAUUUACUGGAGUAGUUAAUGGAAGUUUUCUAGGCGAUGGAAAUAAUGGAUCUCAUUGGAUUUCUGUUAGUCUGGCAAAUUGUUCGAGUGUCAACAACUGCUAUUGGAAAUUUAAGGGGGAACAGGAAAAAAACACAUUCACGUUUAACACAGCCGUGAUACUUGUAUGUGAAGAUAGUGAAGUAAAGAAGCCAACAAACACCGUACCUACUAACCUUUCUCAAACAGAUUUUACGCUACGGGAAACUACAGAAGAAAAUACCUAUAUCAAACCCAUUUCUUUAUCUUUACAUUCAAAAACUUCUGCAUCAUCAAUGACGUCUACUAUAUCAACCAGUUCACCGAGUUCAAAUAAUACAACAGAAUCAUAUCCAAUUACAACGAUGACAUCAUCACUGUUGUCUAAAACAUUAUCAACAACAUCGUCUACAGCAUUAACGAAUACAUCAAAAUCAUCUACAAUACUAAUGUCACCAACAACAUUUUUUACAACAUUCAAAAGUACACCAAAAUCAUCCGCAACGUCAAAAAUGUCGUCCACAGUAUUGACGAGUACAUCAGAAUCAUCAACAAUAUCAGCAAAAUCCCCCACCUUAUUAACGAGGCCCUCAAAAUCAUCUUCUACACUAAUUUCACCAAUUGGGUCGUCUACAAUAUUAACAAGUAUGCCAAAAUCAUCUACAGCAUCAACAAUGAUGUCUACAAUAUCGCCAAGUAUGCCAAAAUCAUCUACAGCAUCAACAAUGAUGUCUACAAUAUCGCCAAGUAUGCCAAAAGCAUCUACAACAUCAACAAUGAUGUCUACAAUAUCGCCAAGUAUGCCAAAAUCAUCUACAACAUCAACAAUGUUGUCUACAAUAUCGCCAAGUAUGCCAAAAGCAUCUACAACAUCAACAAUGAUGUCUACAAUAUCAACAAGUAUGCCAACAUCAUCUACAACAUCAACAAUGUUGUCUACAAUAUCCACAAGUACUCUAGAACCAUCUGCAUCAACACUGACUUUAACAGCCUCAGACACUACACCCAAACCAUACACAACACAUCCUACGUCCACAGUACCAUCUACACAAUUAGCCACUUCGUCGAAGACACACUUAUCAUCAAUGCCAACGUCAACCCGGGAAGCUGUUACUGUGGAUAUUACAAACUCGGCAAAUAAAACCACAACAUCUAAGCAUGUAAAUGUGACGGAUACCCCAAUAGGAAAAACUACUACUUCCACAACCACCACUACUACCAAGAAACCACGUACUUGCCCAGAAACAGAAAGGCGGGAUCUCAAGUGGAGGGAAACAUCUCCUGGGAAGUGCAGACAUAUAGCAUGCCCAGAAGGAACAACAGGUAACGCUACUUGGUGCUGUGAUUCAAAAACAGGCGAAUGGGUGAGAGAUGGUCCUGAUUUGAGCGAUUGUAAAUCGACUGCACUAAAAGACAUUCUAGACAAGUUUGAAAAAAAUGGAAUUCAGGACACCCUGGAUGAAUUACGAGAUUUUGUUAAAAACGAAACAAAAGGUCAAGAAGGGGACAUACUUACUGUUACAGACUUCUUGAAUAAAGUGACCAACUUUUUCGAGAAAGAGUCGGCUAAUUUGACCCAAGAGGAAAAGAAGGAAAAAGCCAUAAACAUCACUAACGUUGUAGUUGAUACGUGUAGCGAAAUUAUUGAUAAAGAAAUGUCCUGGCAGGAAGUACCACAAGUAGUGUUAGAAGUCGCCAAGAUUCUACGAGAAGACUAUGUUAACAAAACACUCCGAUUACCUCUGAAUGAUCUAAUGUCCGCAACUUUCUCCCAUUCCGCUUCUGUUGUUCUUCCUCAAGGGUUUGUAAAUACACUUGAGGAGGGAGAAGAAAUUCCUCUGGUGUAUACACAGUACAGCGGAGUUGACAAGGUGUUUGGAGAAACUUGUUCUGAAAGCUCUUGCAAACUUCCCAGGAACAUUAGCAGCAAAACAAGGCUUAACACUCCAGUCGUAGGGACUAACCUGAAUAACGACGGACGUAACCUAACAUUCUCGGACGGCGUUAACAUCACGUUGCAACAUUUAAACAGCCCUUCAAAGAAGCCUUCAUGUGUAUUUUGGUCGUUAAACAGAGAGGGCUAUUGGGAUGUGUCUGGUUGUGACGUAGUGCUCCAUAAUGAAACUCACACCACUUGUCGGUGCAAUCACCUAACAAAUUUUGCUGUUAUUAUGGAUGUGCACGACAUAUUCGGAAAUAUAAAACUGCCCAAAGCACUGCAGAUUAUUUCAAUUAUAGGCUGUAGCUGUUCCAUAUUGAGCCUAGUUGUCUGCCUUAUAGUGUUUAGCGUAUUCAGUCGAUGGUUCGGAAUGGCGCCACACUACUUAGAGCUUGGCACUGAUAAAUGUCCUCUGACUAGAGGAAGAAGAAUCUGUGUUUUGGUCGGUGCUAAAGACGUCUGUGUACCAAGUAUCAUAGUUUGCGUUUCUCUUGGAACAAGAUAUUCUGAUUAUACAUCCACGAAAUAUUGCUGGCUGACAAGUGAAAAUGGCCUCACAUGGAGCUUUGCAGGACCAGCAGCUUUUAUUAUAUCGGUGAAUUUGGUGGUAUUGGUUCUCACCUUGAGGUCUGCCUCCAGGCUCGGGAUCUCUCGUAAGGGAACUACGAAACUGAUAGAAAUAAGAAACCUGGUUCGUAGGACGUUGAUUCUGGUUCCUCUGUUUGGGAUUACGUGGGUGAUAGGUUACAUGCAGUUUGAGACGGAAGGAAUUAUUAUAUCCUACAUAUUCACGAUUUCAAAUUCAUUGCAGGGCCUAUGGAUCUGUCUGUUUCAUCUAGUGAUGAAAAAAGAAUGCAGAUUAGUUGUUUCCAAAUCCGUUAUGAAUAACACUAUAUCUCUGGGACAAUGUUUUACGCACACAAAAAGAGGAGGAAUGAGACGUGCUACAACAACAGAGCUAAGCCUAACUCAUCCUGUGUGAAUAUGUGUCUAUGAAAAUCUGCUGGUGUUUUUAACUUAAAAAACUGGGCACGAAAAAGAAGUGAAAAGGCACAAAAUAGUAAAUAAUUACAAACAUUUCACACUACAUCACUACGCAGAGAAAUCGUGAAGAUUGUUCUUAUUAAUUAAAUAUUUUAUAGAUACAUAUAUAAACUACAGUCUUGGCCAAAAGUUUUGAAUAUUUUGUAACGUAUAAGACCAUUAUUGUUAAAAUAGAAUACAAAUACACUUAGCGCUGUCAAACUGAUAAAUGCAUGUUCUAUUAAACAUCUCCAUAUGUAAAUUGUAUAAUGAGGCAGGUUCUAUGGACAUCAUGAACGAUUUAUUAGAACAGCAAACAAUUAAUCAGACACCUGUAGAAAGAUGUGUAAUUCAGCAUUUCACCUAUUACAACAAAACAUAAUGACAAAAUAUAACAUCAGAUUAUUACAAAUAGCAUCUGUAACCUUACAUUAGUUCAUAUUAAACAUUCAGUACGUGGUUGAUCCUCCUUGUACUGUGGUAACCUCUACAAAGCGACGUGACAUGUUGUCGAUGGGGUUAUUGAUGUAAUCCACCGUGAUUUCAUCCCAACUUGUCACUAGAAGGCGCUGCAACUCAGCUACGGUAGCUAGUUUAGGGUCGUGGUUAGCAAUUUUCCGGCUCAGUUCGUCUCAACAGCUUUCAAUGUGAUUAUAAUCUGGAUACUUUGCUGGCCAUGGUAGUCUUGUAACAUUUUCCUGAUCGAGAAAAUCCUGUACAAUACGCGCAUUGUGGGCGCGCCAUUGUCAUCCUGGAACACAAAGUUAUUGCCAAACUUUGCCCUAACAUAUGGCAGAAAUAUCGUCUCCAUUGUAGGAGGCGCCUUUGACGUUUCCUUGGAGGAUAUGAAGAACACUUUUUUCCACCACCUCCUGUGGGAAAGACAGCCUUCCCUCAUCUGUUCUCCAGGCAAACGACGAAAAGAAUCCUGCUAUCAGCGCUAAUAAGCCGGAAGCAGGGCUCAUCUGAAAAGAUGACAUGUCGCCAGUGUCCUAACUGUAAGUUGGCAUGCUAUCUUGCCUGGUUAAUAUCGGUUUGCAGAUAGCCCUCGGGCAGUAAUUUUCCUGGAAUAACGUUUCCUGUAGUUCAAUGACGUUUCAGGAUUCUGAAUACAGUACACUGGGAGUACCUUACUAUUCUGACAAUAUCCAUUUGCUUCAUACCAUUUUUGGGCAGUCAAACAGUUUGACGCCCCAUAUCUCCUGGCACGUGACGAGGCGUGACUCUACACCAAGUACAGAGAAAUUGUCUGAACAAAGCGAAAGCGUUCAUAUGUUUCGUAAAUGAUUAUACCAAAAACGCACCUUUUUAUACAAAGCAGGUGUGUAUGUGUGUUUCGAAGACCAAAUGAUCAAAACAACUUAUACAGACCGGAAUAACAUCUAGUAUAUGUUUAUCCGGUCAUAUGUUACUUUCUCUGUUAUUACUCGAACAUUUACUCAACAACUACUCCAUGCAUUUAGAUAAUAACAUCAAUAUAGAACAGUAUGCAAACAUUUUGGCCAAGACUGUAUAAGUACGAAAAAUAUGCUUUAAAGAAAGUAUUAGAUGAAACAGUUGAAGGAAUACUUGGUGUAGAGCUAAGCCGGUCUAGAACAUAUAUUCACUAUGUAAGUAUUACCCCUGCCCCUAAGUGACAUUCUUCGAUGAUAUUACUUGUUAUUUAUAAGAUUAAUUGUUUUGUGUGUUUUUUUUCUCCUUUAGGGUACUCUUGACAAGGAAAUGAAUAAAAUACAUUUAGUUAAGUUUUGUCACUUUGUUUACACAAUGUCUUUGCGAAAACACGUAAGUGCACUGCCAUCCGAUGGCUCAGCGGUAAUGAUGAAGGCUUAUAACUCUAAACAUCGGGUAUCGAUACCCGCAGUAGGCAGAGUACAGACAGCCCAUUGUGUAUAUAUGUUUGUGCUUAACACUAAACAAACAAAUAAAGCACUAAUAUUAGUUUUUAACACCAUUUAGGUAUUAAAUUAAAGAAACAUAUUUGUUAUAGAAUCUUUUGUAGCAAAAUUUGUUGCAACAAGACCAACUAAACAAGUUUGUAAUAAAAUGAUAACGUAACGUGGAUUAUACAAAAACUUUUGUUUUGUUUGUUGUCUUUCGGUAAGACUUGUUUGAGUGUGUUUACACUGCACAUUUGUAAUAAAUAUGUAUUAUUCUA